GCCGACAGAGCCGACAGAUGUGUGGUAUUGGCAGACAGAGAGUGCAAAGACGCCGAUUCUUGUGAUGCAUCCAAUAUAAUGUCUGUCAUGUCUAUCAAGAAUUACUGCAAACAAAUACAGGUUAAGACCACUUCUCAUGCGACAAACGCUCUUCUAUACUGUUUUAGUUGUCAUAACGAUAUAACAGACACUAAACUAAUCAAGAAAUGCCAGUGUCUUAAGGUUGAGGACAAAGUAAAGAGACGAUACGUUCAGGAAUCGGGUUUCGAUACCAUUGAUAACGCAGAGGAAAUCAAUUUACUUAAUAUAUCGUCAGUUAGUAUUGGAAAAACUCACGGAAUUGGAGAUAAUUUGAAGACCUGUUCGCCAAACAGAGCGAAAACUAAAGACAAAACUCGAUCUAAAAAAGAUAAGAAAAAGGGAACAAAGUCUCGGAGUUCGAGCACUAGUAGUACUUCUUCUACAUGCGAUGGUUUGAGACAAACAGAUGAAAGACGUUCACCGAUAAGAUGUGAUUACGAUUCGACCGCUUUGUUUCAUUGGUGUGCCGACAGACCCAUCGAGAAAUGCAUACUUCAAAAGUACAGUCAGUUAUUGAGACAACUGUGCGAUCACGUGAUCAUUGGUCUGUGUCCUGAGAAGGACUCACCGCCUGUUGAGCUCAAGAAUUUGGUGCUCACUCUCAGGACAUCUAAUAUUAACGUUAAAAGCUUGAAACCAAUAUUAAUAGUGAGCGACAUUGAGGCCAUCGCUCGGCAAUGGAUUUCGUUGAAGAAUAUUCCGGAUAUAUAUCUAUUCAAUGGAUCGCUUUUAUCGCGCGAUGACUUGUUAUCAAUAAAUCUUAUGGUUUGUAAUAAUUGUGUUAUUCUGUCGUCAAACGCAUCCAAAGACAGUGAGCGGGCAUUGAGUGAUAGGUUUGCAAUUCUGGCCACUCUUAACGUCAAUGGCUUUACAUUUAAAGACUCGGUCUUAACGCAAAUACCAUUGACGUCAACCCAUUCGCCAACAACGACAACUAGGUUUGCAAUUCUGGCCACUCUUAACGUCAAUGGCUUUACAUUUGAGGACUCGGUCUUAACGCAAAUACCAUUGACGUCAACUCAUUCGCCAACAACGACAACAAGCAUUGAGACAAUGCCUCGAGUAGAGCUCCGACAAAAAGGUUCUUCGUAUGGCGUGAAUGUGUCUGUCAUUACUCAACUCCACACCGAAGACUAUCUGCAGAAUCUAUGCAAUGGUAGUGUUGUUGAGAGAGAUAAUGAUCGGAAUGAUUGGCAAUCGAUUGCCAGCGGAAGUGUUUUCAUCAAUACUUUCGUCGACUCAUUAAUCCCAUUGUUUUAUACGAAUCCCGAAAUCGUAAGACUUAUCGAGUCAUUAAUUUCUGGCUUUUUGAGCCCUAAAUUAGACUCAAUUUUAUGCCAAACAUCAAGCCUUAAGUGGCAAACACUGAGCGCUCAGGCGUUACGACACAGGGAUAGGAGUCGUGUCACUCACAUCUCACUAACCGGUCCUCUCAUCGAUUGGAGGGAAUCCACAUUUGGACAACUGGUCCGACACGUCUUCACCGCUUACAGUAUACUAUGUUUCGGUGUCUAUAGACUCGACCAUCACUACAAUACUCGUUAUGUCUUAACAAAUCCGUCGCAAGACUUUCCUUUAGAACCAAACGAUUUGAUUUUUGCUUUAAUACAAUGCGAUACAAAGAUUUGAAUGGUUUUACAACAAACAAAAACAA